AUAGGUAGCGGCACUCAUCCUCACACCAAAAGAGAAAAGAGAAAGAAACAGACUGUUAAAUCUUAGGCAUUUUCUAUUUUCCGGCCACCGCCAAUACUCACUAGAGGAAUGGAGAUGUCGGACUCCGAUGACCAACUUCCACCAGGUUGGACGGUGGAAGUGAGGGUGAGAAAGAAUGGUAGGAGAGAUAAGUAUUACAUUCUCCCCUCAACUGGACUAAAAUUCAAAUCCAAGGUGGAGGUAUUUCGUCAUCUUGACAAUGCUAGUAACAAAGUCAGCAUCCAGAAAAUCUCUCCUAAUGUUGUAGUUGAGAAAGCUAGUGCGGAAGGGUUACCACCAGGAUGGGUGAAAAAGACCAGAAUUGCAACUAAAGGAGAUACAGUUAGAAGAGACACGUACUACAUCGACCCUGUAAGUGGGUAUACAUUCCACUCCACUGAAGAUGCUUAUCACUAUCUUGAAUCUGGAGAGAUAAGAAAGAACACACUCAAACCAAAAGAUGGAGACAACAGUGAAACCAAUUUAAAAGAUGACAAAUCUCCUUCAGUAACUAUGAAACCAACAUUAUCAAUUAGCAUGGCUCAGAGUUCAAAUUUGGACAUGUUAGCAAAUUAUCAACAGAGUCCAAGAUCUGCUAGUUCUGGAGAACAUAUGCAUGUGCCCAAUUCUAAGUUUAUUUCCAAUCAUGGUAUGAUGGUGGAUGAAAAUUUAGAUCAGAAAGAAGUGAAGGUUGAUUUUGUUGAAAGUGCUUCGUUUUCAGGUUGCACUGACAAAGAUACCCAAGAGAAGCAACUUCAAGAAAGCUCAGAAACAAAGCAAGGAACUGAAAAAGUGCAGGCCAAACAUCAUCGGCGCAGAAACAAGCACAAGAAACAGAUAAAUUUGCCUAGGAGAUCUUCAAAGCGACUUGCUGGAAUUAAGCUUGAUCCUGUUCCAGAGCUUAAAACAAGAAAUCGAACACGUCGAGCAGCAGUUAAACAAUCAAGUGAGGAAAAAACUAUCACAAAUAUGGAUAAAUCUUCCAGCAGCUUGCAUGAUGGUCUAGCUAAACAGCAACUAAGUGGCAAGGAUAAAGAAUGCUUCACUCUUUCACCUCCAGAUAACAAUGGUACUGUUGAAGAGUGUAUGAGAGUCACUGAAGAUGGAGAUAAAGUUGAUGCAAAUUUAGAUUACAGCCUUGACUUUCCCCUCAAAGAACUAUUAACAGACCCUUGUAUUGCAUUUGCAAUUCAAACUCUCACUGGCUUAACAUUUGAGACCUCCAAAAACUCACAAACUUCUGAAUUAAAAGACAUCCAGCAUUCUGAAAUCUCUGCAGCCUCAGAUAAUGAAGGGCAAGGUAAGAAAAACAAUGUAGGCAACAAUGUGAUCUCAUCUCCAGUGCGUCUUGCUACUCCUCAAGAACAUGCUGGUGAUAAUGCAGCCAAAACCGAUAUGAAAGCCAAGAACGCCGAGAACGAGAAUGCAUCACCAUCUUCUGAAAAAACACUUGACAUGUCAUGGAUGGAUCCAUGCAUUGAAUUUGCUAUAAAAACUCUCACUGACUCCAUCCCAUUAGAGUCUGAUCCAAACCCCAAGAACUGUCUUCAACAGCAGCUGAGUUCAUCCAGUAACCAACACAGUGAGAGGACAAUGUCAAAUGUCAGUUUAAAUAACACUUACCAAACUGACUACUAUUGCAGCCAAUACUUUGGCUCACAAAAGCCAAUGUUUAAGCAGUCUUUUGUGGAUCCAUCAUUGAAGCACACCAGAAACAUUGGUAUUGGAAAUUCUGCUGGAGCAAGACUCUCUCACUGUGGUGAAGGUAACAGAAGGAAUGUUUGUUAGAUCAGCAACCAGCUUCUGCCUGAACAAGCAUAAGAUAGUACAGUUAAGAAAAACUAUAAAAGGCUUCCUACUUAUCUACUUAUGAAAGCUUUGACUUAUCCUUUUGUUGGUAUUUUGUUUCGUGAUCCCUUUAAGGUGUGAUCCUAUCCUAUGUAUGUAUUGUGUAGAACUUGCUAUGGUAGUUGUCAUGUUAGUUUGACUUAGAACUGUGUUUCUAAUGGUGUCUAAUCUAACUGUAGAAUCUUUCCAUAGUGUGA